GGUAAAGUAAAGGAGAGGAUAUCUACACUAUUAUGGCUGAUGUUCCUGUUCCUCCUUCCUCACUGAGAACAGAGGGGAUCCUCUUGAGAGAGAUCCACGUCAACCUGCUGGAGUGUAAAGUCUGCUUCGAGAAGUAUAACCCACGGCAGAAGGAACGCCGGCCUCAGAACCUGUCCUGCGGCCAUGUACUCUGUCUGGAAUGUGUCCGGGCGCUCUCCCACCCCGUCCUCAAGAAGCUUGAGUGCCCUUUCUGCCGGCAGCUGUGUGACGUUGACAGCACCUCCCACUGCCAGGCGCUGACAGACCUCCAGGAUCUUCUGCUCUCCCGCUCCCCCAGGUCACCUGUCCCUCAUCGGGUCAGAGGAGGCAGCGGCUGGGUCGGAGGCCUGGGCUCUGGAGCUCUGCGGCUUCGCUCAGCCUUCGGGGGCUGGGGGUCCCUGAUCAACCCCACGGGGGUGGCUGUUUUCGGGUCCUCUGGGACCGUGGUGGUGGUGCACGAUGGAGAAAGGAGGGUGGUGGUAUUCGGGCCUCAGGGCAGGCGGCUGCACGGGUUCGGGCGGAGGGGUGCGGCCACGGGGGAGGUGUGUCACCCGGUGGAUGUGGCGGUGACUCCCAGCGGGUAUGUGGUUGUGACGGAUGCUGGUGACGCUGCAGUGAAAGUGUUCACCACCAGGGGGAGUUAUGUUCUGGCGGUGUGGGACUCCUUCCAGAUGCCCUGGGGGGUGGACGUGGACAGCUGUGGACAUAUCCUGGUCACUGACAUCCAGGCCGGAACGCUCUCCCAGGUCGUGGUGGACUUUGCCCGUGGCGUGACUCUGAUGAACCGAGCGGUCAUAACCGACCUCCAGCGGCCCAAGGCAGUGGCCUGCUGUCGGGUGACCGGGAACAUCGCCCUGGUGGAGACACUGGGUCUCACCACCACACAACCUCCAAAUGGCCCCCGGCCUACCAGACUGACAAUAUUCAACAAAGACUUUAACGUGCUCUCUCAGAUAGACAGCUUUACUCUGAGCCUGGGGGCCUCCGUGUGGCCCUGCAUGUCUGCUGUGGCCUUUGACAGGGACGGGGAUGUGAUCGUGAUAGACUCCCAGCGUGGGUUGAUUUGGAGUUUGGGAAAGCUCCAGAACGGCCCGGUCCUAACUCCCCUGGUCAGUGGAGACUUGGUUCGCCCGGUGGGGCUGGUCACCACAGCACAGAACACGCUGAUUGUUUUAGACAGUGGAGACCAUGCAGUGAAGAUGUAUUCAGUUCACUCGGAUGCUAUUCUAGUCCAAAAAUGAUGUAGGAAGAGUUAGCUGUCUGGCUGACUUGUAUUGUGAAAAAAUAUAGAAACAAAAUACAUAAUGACUGGCGAUUCCACCUGUUGUGAUGU